AUGGAUUAUGUCUCGCUACCGACGACUUGGCAAGAUUCGCCAGCUUACCAGGCAUACCUCUCUCUCGACCGACCACCGAAGAACUGCCCACCGUUUCAGUCGAGCACGCUCGACUUUCUCAUCCGCGCGGGCGAGAUUUGGUGUCGCCAGCAGUUCGACGGCCCGGAGGGACUUUGUGCGAAACGUCACGCGAACAGGGAAGAACUUGUAGCGCAUAUCAACAGCGAUGACGGCCACGCACCACGAAGAGCUAUCCGAUUGUCCUCUAAUCUGCUGAACGACCACCACAUUUACUUUUACGAAGAUUUGAUGAAGGACGAAGAGUACCAGGAUAAGGGAAGAACCGAGGCGGGUGGCAAUCUAGAGCAGGCUCCGGCCGUUCAGGCUCGUCCUCUGAGCUUCUCUACUCUAGUAAUCAAUGGCAAACGCCAUACCUGGGCUAGCAGGGAAGAAAACAGAAAGAAACGAAAGGUGCAGGAGGAUGUGCCGCUCGAUGAGGAGGAUAACCUCACGCCUAGAGCCUCCAGUAUGCGCUCUAGGCUCGAGUGCCCCAAUUUUACGGCACCGCAGGCCAAGAAGAGUGAUCGUCCUCGCAGCGGUCAACAGUCGGGACCCCAGAUACAGGAGGAUCCAGCAGGUCUCAUCGAUCUAACAAGAGACGAGGAUCCUGAGGAGCAUGAAACAAGGGUUGAGGUCUUAGCCGCCAUUGAUGAUAUGCCUGGUGCAACCCUCACUCCCGUCUCGAUGCAGAUGGAGCACGCGCAACCAGCCGAGCCUUUGGCCGACCCGGCCAUUCAACGCCCCACAAUCAAUCGCACCAACGUCCAAGACUCCGAUUUGCUGGAUAAGCAGCGCCGAAGACGCGUUCAACUUGACCUUCAAUAUCAGGUCUAUCAGAACCGUCUGCAGGCGUUGGAACUGGAGCAGGAGAUUAAGGAGCACGAGAAGAAACCCAGAGCGCCUGUUGAAUAG